AAAAUGUGUUUAUUCUUCCGGUUCGAAUAGCGUACACAUUUCUUGCUCACAUUUGGUUUGUUUUUAACGUCCAGAUGAGCAUUAUUAGCACAGACUUUUUUUUUUCUUUCAAGCGUUUAGUUUAUGUUUCACGAGGAACUCUGCAGCUUUACAUGUUCACAAUUCUACCGGAUUUUAUUUCCGCUCUUUGUUAAACGAAUCUUUCAGUCAUUCAAACUACUAGCAGGCUCAUUAGCCUGUAGCUAACCAUCAAAGAAGUUGGUAUUUUAAUGUUUCCUACAAAAAGUUAAAACCUGGAUCAUUAAUGGCAGCUCGGCAGCCCUUCACAGACUCAGACGCUGCGGAUGAAGCAGUGAGGACAACCUGUGACGAUGCAACCACAUGUAAAAGGUUUGCUACCAGUCAAGGCUACUGGAAGGACUUACACAUCCACUACUUUGUAAGAAAUGUAGGCGAGCGAAAAGCCCCUGAAAUCAACAGAGGUUACUACGCUCGUGUUAAAGGGGUGAACCUCCUCCUUGAUGAAUUUAUAAAGAAAACUGAGUGCAAAUGCCAAAUAAUCAACCUGGGUGCUGGUCUGGAUACCAUGUUUUGGAGACUAAAGGAUGAAAACCUUCUGCCACAGAAGUUGUUUGAAGUUGACUUUCCAGCUGUUGUGGCCAAGAAAAUACACAAUAUAAAGACAAAACCUCCUCUAUCCAAGCCUAUCAUUGACAUGCACUCAACAGACUCUUUACUGCUAGAUGCUCAUAAUCUUGAUUCAGAUCGUUAUUGCAUCGUAGGCGCCGACCUCAGAGAUAUUUCAAGCUUGGAUGAAAAGCUGAAGAAGUUCCAUCUUAACCCAGAAUUACCAACAUUGUUGCUAUCAGAGUGUGUGCUGGUCUAUAUGACACCGUCUCAGUCCUCCAACCUUGUCCACUGGGCAGCAGAAACCUUUCACACCGCCAUGUUUAUAAACUACGAGCAGGUGAACAUGAGCGACCGAUUUGGUCAGGUGAUGAUCGAGAACCUGCAGCGUCGUCAGUGCACCCUGGCUGGAGUGGAGAUCUGUCAGUCUCUGGACUCUCAGAAGGAUCGUUUUCUGACGACUGGUUGGGACCAUGCUGACGCUCUAGACAUGAUGACAGUCUACAGUAUGCUCCCUCAGCAGGAUGUGGCGAGGAUUGAGCUGUUGGAGUUCCUGGAUGAGCGGGAGCUGCUGCAGCAGCUUCUCCAACACUACUGCAUCUGCUGGGCCUCCAAGGACAAACUCAGCCUGGGUUUGUCCCAGUUGGGGUUCUGAGAGUGGAAGGAAUUUACAAAGCAAAAAGUUCUCAUCAAGGAGCCAUGAUGCGAGCCGAACAGGAUCUGUUGGAUGCCAGCAUGUGUUUAAUGUUGAAAGAUGAGAAUCGUGUGGAAGUUUUUCUCAACACUUCUGCAGACUGUAAAAUAACCUUCCCUCUGUGACAAAGUAAUUAAAGCAUCCAAAUCA